CCCGAUUAGUCCCUGGAUAGUCGGUGUCUUCUUUCCAUUUCAACGAGACAAGUGGGUGUUCCAGAUCCGUCAUCGAACCUGGAAACGUAUUUUCCCAGGAUUUUAGCAACUUUUCUUGCUUUAUUUAUGGGCUUUAAUCGGAGCCAUUUAAGAUCUUCUGCUCCGCGAAAGUUGAAGUCUUCGUUCCAUACACAUCUUCAAACCAUGAAAGCAAGAAAGAUUUUCGGUGUUUCUCUUUCUAUCCUCCUCAUAAACCUGGCUGCCAUUAUGGAACGUGCUGAUGAAAACCUCCUUCCAUCUGUCUACAAAGAAAUUAGCGAAGCAUUCAAUGCCGGGCCAUCUGAUCUUGGGUAUCUCACCUUUAUAAGGAACUUUGUGCAGGGAUUGGCGUCUCCCUUGGCUGGUGUACUCGUAAUUAAUUAUGACCGACCUACGGUUCUGGCUAUAGGUACGAUGUUCUGGGCCUUAUCUACCGCCGCAGUGGGUGGAAGCCAACAGUUUCAUCAGGUUGCAAUGUGGAGAGCAGUUAAUGGCUUUGGACUGGCGAUUGUAAUACCAGCACUUCAGUCUUUCAUUGCUGAUAGUUACAUGGAUGGUGUGAGAGGGACCGGAUUCGGGCUGCUAAGCCUUGUUGGCACCUUGGGCGGCAUCGGUGGUGGUGUUGUUGCUACGGUAAUGGCUGGUCAGCAGUUCUGGGGUAUGGCUGGAUGGCGUUGUGCCUUCAUCUUGAUGGCAACUUUAAGUUCAUUCAUUGGACUCCUUGUGUUCCUUUUUGUUGUUGAUCCAAGGAGAAAAACUAUUGUCAAUCAUGAUGCUGGCUUUAAUUCAGAAAGGAAUGAGUUGGUAGAAAAAGAAACUGCUCAAGUCUCGUCGGUUUGGUUCGAGUCCUGGGCCGCUACAAAAGCUGUUAUAAAAGUUCCAACUUUUCAGAUAAUUGUCUUGCAGGGAAUUGUUGGUUCGUUACCAUGGACCGCCAUGGUGUUCUUUACCAUGUGGUUUGAACUAAUUGGUUUUGAUCAUAAAUCUACAGCAGCACUUUUAAGUCUUUUUGCUAUCGGAUGUGCAAUGGGAUCCUUUCUUGGUGGGUUAAUAGCAGAUAGACUGUCACAAAUUUAUCCCCACUCUGGCCGUAUCAUGUGUGCACAAUUCAGCGCUUUCAUGGGCAUCCCAUUCUCAGUGUUCCUUCUUAAAGUGAUCCCACAAUCAGGGAGCAGCUAUUACGCCUUUGCUGUAACCCUGUUUUUGAUGGGCUUAACCAUCAGUUGGAACGCUACGGCUGCAAACGGUCCUAUGUUUGCCGAAGUUGUCCCCCCUAAACAUCGGACCAUGAUCUAUGCAUUCGACCGUGCCUUCGAAGGAUCGUUAUCAUCUUUUGCUGCUCCCUUGGUAGGUAUCCUAUCAGAGAGGAUGUUUGGGUAUGAUUCGAAAUCUAUUGAUCUGAUCAACGGUUCUCCGCGUGAGGCAUAUGCGUUGUCUAGAGGACUGCUGUCGAUGAUGGCAAUUCCUUUUGGUUUGUGUUGUUUGUGUUACACGCCAUUGUACAAAUUCUUCAGGCAAGACCGUGAAAAUGUUAGAUUAGCCACUGUGAAAGAGGAAGAGAAGAUUUGAGUGAAUGGUUAUGUGAAUGGUUAUUUUUUUAGAGAUUAAUUCACAAAAUAUUUUCUCUAUUAGGCUGGAAUGUACUAUCUUUUCAAUGGCAGCAUCUUGCU